CAUCUUUGGUCCAGUGCGGCGGCGGCGGCGGCGGCAGCGGCUGCUGUGGUGCGAGGACGGGAGGAGGAGCCGAGCGGGCGCUGCUACCAAGGCCUGACCAUGGACGAGGAAUACGAUGUGAUCGUGCUGGGGACCGGUCUCACCGAGUGCAUCCUGUCGGGCAUCAUGUCUGUGAACGGGAAGAAGGUGCUGCACAUGGACCGGAACCCCUACUAUGGCGGUGAGAGCUCCUCCAUCACGCCGCUGGAAGAGUUAUAUAAGCGUUUUCAGUUGCUGGAGGGGCCCCCUGAGUCGAUGGGCCGGGGCAGAGACUGGAACGUUGACCUGAUCCCUAAAUUUCUCAUGGCCAAUGGGCAGCUGGUCAAGAUGCUGCUCUACACGGAAGUGACUCGCUACCUGGACUUCAAAGUGGUGGAGGGCAGCUUUGUCUACAAGGGUGGCAAGAUCUACAAGGUGCCGUCCACUGAGACCGAGGCCUUGGCUUCCAAUCUGAUGGGCAUGUUUGAAAAACGGCGCUUCCGCAAGUUCCUGGUGUUUGUGGCAAACUUUGACGACAGUGACCCCAAGACCUUUGAGGGCGUUGACCCCCAGACCACCAGCAUGCGUGACGUAUACCGGAAGUUUGACCUGGGCCAGGAUGUCAUUGAUUUUACUGGCCACGCACUGGCGCUCUACCGCACUGAUGACUACCUGGACCAACCCUGCCUUGAGACCAUCAACCGCAUCAAGUUGUACAGUGAGUCGCUGGCCCGGUAUGGCAAGAGCCCAUACCUAUACCCGCUCUAUGGCCUCGGGGAGCUGCCCCAGGGCUUUGCAAGAUUGAGCGCCAUCUACGGGGGCACAUACAUGCUGAACAAACCCGUGGACGAUAUCAUCAUGGAGAACGGCAAGGUGGUGGGCGUGAAGUCUGAGGGCGAGGUGGCCCGCUGCAAGCAGCUCAUCUGUGACCCUAGCUACAUCCCAGACCGUGUCCGCAAGGCUGGGCAGGUGAUCCGCAUCAUCUGCAUCCUCAGUCACCCCAUCAGGAACACCAAUGAUGCCAAUUCCUGCCAAAUCAUCAUCCCCCAGAACCAGGUCAACAGGAAGUCAGACAUCUACGUGUGCAUGAUCUCCUACGCACACAACGUAGCUGCGCAGGGCAAGUACAUCGCCAUCGCCAGCACCACAGUGGAGACUGCGGAGCCCGAAAAGGAGGUUGAACCAGCACUGGAGCUGCUGGAGCCCAUUGACCAGAAGUUUGUGGCCAUCAGUGACUUGUACGAGCCUAUUGACGAUGGUUCCGAGAGCCAGGUGUUCUGUUCCUGCUCCUAUGAUGCCACCACACACUUUGAAACAACCUGCAAUGACAUUAAAGACAUCUACAAGCGCAUGGCUGGCUCGGCCUUCGACUUUGAGAACAUGAAGCGCAAACAGAAUGACGUGUUCGGAGAAGCUGACCAGUGAUUGCAGACCCCUCCUACCCCCUCUGCCUCCCCCAGCCUGGGGGCGUGGUACGGGCGGGCACCCCAUGUCCAGUACCCUCUGCUUUCCCCACUACAUUCCUGUUCUCCACCUAGUUGAUUCACUGACCAAAUCCUUAACCUAGUGAUGGUUUUGGAUAGCGUUUCUCUUUGGGCCCUCCCUUAGCCUAGGACAAGAGUGUGCGUCCUCUCUGUGUGUGCCUCCUCCCCGGCCCCGAUUCCUCUGCUCUUGUUUGGGAACAAUGUGGAGGACAAGCCUUUGGAGGUGCCCCCUGCCUCCCGCCCCACCAACUCAUUCAUGUGUUGGAAAGAAGGGGUCUUCCCAGCAUACAGUGGCAUUCCUCUUCCCCAUAAUUUAUUCUAAUUUAUUAACUGGAACCCAUCCCACCACCGCCUGCUGGCAUAGCCGGGGUGGGGCAGGGGGGAGCUCUUCCUGCCCUCCUGCCCUCCCCAGUCCUGACCCAGCCUGGGGAGCUGGGCAGACUCCAGCGUGGCCCCAGUGGACUUUGCUCUUUGCUUCCUCUUUGUGUUUGUACUGAAAGCAGGAGGUGGACAGUGGAUGUA